AUUAAAAGAAAAGAAAGGCGUAGGGGGGGUUGGUUUGGUUUGGCUUGGCUUUGGCUACACACACAAAUCUACUAUUACACUGAACAAAGCGGUGGUGGGUAUUGUAUUCUGAUUCUCCACCUCCAGUCCAAGCUUUCAGUUCCUCAAAAGAAAACGAAGGCACAACUGGAGAAAAGCAAGUGCGUAGAAGCUGAAAAAGCCAGGAGGAUUUUCUUUGCUUCCUUCCUUUUUUGAUGCCGUGUGGUGUGGUUUUGUGAAUUGUUGAAUACGUAUACGUAAGAGAAAAAAAAGAAUUGGGUUGGGCUGAGAAGAGAAAAAGAGAUGGCGGACUCGAAGGCUGCGUUGGAGGAUUCGGCGAAGAAUGUAGAGGAAGAAGUCGAGAGAGUGUUGGAGCAGACGAAGGAACUCCAAGAUUCGGCCGCGUCUUUCAUUUCCAAGAGCUCUUCCGAUGAGCAAUCUCUUCGUCACCGCGCACUUUCCCUCGACUCUUCCAUCCGCCGCCUCCGUUCGUUGCUACGUUCUCUGCUCUCCCAUAACCUUAUCGAUCCUAAGUUAGCCGACAAGCUCCAAGAAGAAUUGGAGAGAGCGAGAUGUAUCUUGGUUGACGGGGACGCCGCUUCCUUCCUUUCUGGCCAAACUCAGGGCGGGUUUCUGAGGAUGUUUCUGGGUCCAAUUAAUGUGCGUGCCUCUCGUAAAGACGUUCAGUUGAAGGUUAAAGAGGAGUACAACAGUUACAGAGAUAGAACCGCCCUUCUGUUUCUCCUUUUCCCAUCAAUUCUACUUAUCCUAAGAUCUUGGAUUUGGGAUGGGUGCCUGCCAGCAUUUCCUGUUCAACUGUACCAGGCUUGGCUUUUGUUCCUCUACACUGGUUUGGCAUUGCGAGAAAACAUUUUGAGAGUGAACGGAAGUGAUAUUCGUCCAUGGUGGAUAUACCAUCACUACUGUGCUAUGGUUAUGGCCCUCGUUAGUCUCACAUGGGAGAUUAAAGGACAACCAAAUUGUGCACAAAAGCAGAGAGGGGUUCAACUUUUCCUACAAUGGGCUAUGAUGCAAGGAGUUGCGAUGCUUUUACAAAAUAGAUAUCAACGCCAAAGACUUUACACUCGUAUUGCAUUGGGAAAGGCUAAGAGGAUGGAUGUUGUCUGGGGAGAGACGGCCGGCGUGGAUGGCCAGCUGUUGCUCUUGUGUCCCAUACUUUUUAUUUUACAGGGAUUUGAGGCGUAUGUGGGGCUACUGUUGCUCAGGACCGCAUUGAAUGGGGUUGUUUCUGAAUGGCAGGUAAUUGGUGUCGAAAAUUACUCUGUUGCAUGUGCCGAAGUAGUAUUUAGUGAUGGAAAUCUGUUGUUGGCAGGUAUUUUUUUGUGGGAUCCUUUUCGUUACAAUGGCUGUUGUGAACUUUGCAAAUACAGUACAGACACUCAUUGUCAAGUCAAGGUUUAAGGCAAAGAUGAAAAGAAGCAAGAGCAAGCAGGACCUGCGGUAGAUCAUCCUUAACUAGCAGGAUUAUUCUUUUUCCUAAAGCUUUUCUUACCAAAACUCGAUUUUGGAUCCUUUUUCCUGGGUCUCAAACGUGUUUUCUCGAAGCUAAGGCAUUAGAAGUUGCUCCAUAAAUCAUCAUUUUGACUUGUAUGAUGUAGGAUUGAGAACCUCUCUCAAAAGAGUGUUGAGAAUGAAUGCGUUUGACAGAAGCGUGUAAAGUUUGUUGCAAUUUUUAAUGAUUUUCAUGUAGUACAUAAAAUUCGGCCCACACGAUCUGCCCCACUCUGUAAUUAUAUCUUCUUCUCUUUGCAUAAAGUUGGGAGCCAAAGUUCAAGAUCCUUUUUAUGUGAAAUCAGAUUGUACUUGAUCACUCGUUAAUAUAGUGUUGCUGGCACGUUUUAUGAAA